AUGUCACUUUCUCUCAGGUACUACUAUGCUGUUGUGGAAUGUGAUUCUAGUGCAACAGCAGACUACCUUUACAAAUCUUGUGAUGGAGUUGAGUUUGAAAGAUCAUCAAACAAGCUUGAUUUGAGAUUUAUUCCUGACUCUAUGGAAUUUAAACAUCCGCAUCGGGAUGUUGCAAGAGAGGCUCCUACAAACUAUGGGGGUUUAGAUUUUUAUACCAAAGCCCUGCAACAUAGUAAUGUUCAUCUUUCUUGGGACGACGAUGAACCAGACCGUUCAAAGACCUUGAAUCGAAAAUUUAAUGCUGAUCAGCUAGCUCAGUUGGAAAUAAAGGAGUUUUUGGCUUCUGAAGAGAGUGAAAGUGAUGAUGAAGAUGAUAAUGUCACAGAGGAGCAAUCUGAUGAAAAGAGUAAAAAACGAGAUAUGUACCGUGCUUUACUCCAGUCUGUUGAUGGUUCAGAUGGAGACGGUGAGGAGGAUGGCCAGGAUAUGGAGGUCACUUUCAAUACUGGUUUGGAGGAUAUAAGCAAGCGCAUUUUGGAAAAGAAGGAUAAGAAGUCAGAAACAGUUUGGGAGGCCUAUCUCAGGAAAAGACGUGAGAAAAAGAAGUCCAGGAAAAAUAAAUCAAAGUAUUCAUCAGAUGAGGAGAGUAGUGAUACUGAUCAAGAGGCAGUAGAAGAAGCAGAUGAUUUUUUCGUUGAGGAGCCUUCAGUUAAGAAGAGUAAAAAGGGGUCUCAGAGUAAAGGUGAAAAAGAAGGAAAGCAACAUCAAGAUACAGAUGUAGAAGCAAAUGCAAGCAUGGCAGAGCUUGAGUUAUUAUUGGCUGAUGACAAAGGGAUGGAUAAUGGUUUGAAGGGAUAUAAUUUAAAGCCUAAGAAGGCCAAGGGGAAAAAGAGAAAAGAAGUUCCAAUUGAAGGCAAAAUACCUACUGUUGACUGUGAAGAUCCGCGGUUUUCAGCUUUGUUCACUUCUCCUCUUUAUGCUUUGGAUCCCACUGAUCCACAGUUCAAAAGGAGUGCAGCUUAUGCUCGGCAGGUGGCACAGAGGCAGCAGAAGACCGACCGCAGAGAAUUGGUCGAUAAUGAACCCAGUAAUUUACCAUCUAGUGAACUUGAGGUGUCCAUGCCCAUGAAGGCCGAUGUUUCUUCUUCAAAGAGGGAAAAGCAUGAGUUGUCUUCAUUGGUUAGAUCAGUCAAGAUGAAAUCCAAGCAAGUUCAAUUGCCCUCCAAUGGUAAGAGGCCAAAGAGAGAUAGAUUGUCAUCUAUAGAUGUUGAGGAAAAUGAUGUUUAUAAACCUGUAAAGAAGAAGACCAAAGCCACAAGAAAAUGAAAAGACAAGGAAAUAGAAGGUGUGUUUCCUAUUAUUCUUCACUUGUGGAAAUUGAGAUGCUAAGAGAGUUUUACAUAGACUAUUGGCUUAUUUUAUUGCCAUUUUUGUUGUUAACUUAUUAAACUCAAUUCUGUUGAUACCCUUUUUAAUUCUUUUGAGCGUUUUGAAGUUGCCUAUCUGUAGAAGAAAAAAGAAGAGUAUUCAUGUAGAACCUCAUUCUGCGGUUAUCAUAAACUGAUAAUGUAAGAGUCACAAAAUGAUAGUACAUGUUGCAAAA